AUGGUUGCAAUCAGCCUGCCCAAAACGUUGUAUUUCUUAAAUGUUUCAUGUCACUAUCUAAUAGGAGGAACGUCUGGGAUUGGUGCGGAAACGGCGAGAGUGUUGGCAAAGAGAGGGGUGAGAAUAGUGAUGGCAGUAAGAGAUAUGAAGAAAGCAGAGAUGGUGAAAGAGAGAAUAGUGAGAGAGAACCCAAAAGCUGAAAUUAAAUUAUUGGAGAUUGAUCUCAGCUCUCUCUCUUCCGUUGCCAGAUUCUGCUCUCAGUUUCUUUUACAUGAUCUUCCUCUCAACAUUCUCAUUAACAAUGCAGGGGUUUUCUCUCCAAAUCUUGAAUUCUCAGAGGAAAAGAUUGAGCUGACGUUUGCUACAAAUUUUUUGGGACAUUACUUAUUAACGGAAAUGCUUAUAGAGAAAAUGAUAGAUACGGCAAAGAAGAGCGGAAUAGAAGGACGAAUCAUUAACCUUUCCUCUGUGAUUCACAGUUGGCCCAAGCCUGAUUGUUUUUCCUUUACUAAAUUACUACAUCCCAUUAAGUAUAACGGGACAAAGGCAUAUGCUCAGUCAAAGUUGGCAACAAUUUUACAUGCCAAAGCGUUGAGCAGGCAAUUGAAGGACAGAAAUGCAAACGUAACGAUAAAUGCAGUCCAUCCAGGGAUAGUUAAAACUGGAAUUAUCAGAGCACACAAGGGUCUUUUGAUAGAUUCUCUGUUUUUGAUAGCUUCGAAGCUGCUAAAAUCUAUAAGCCAGGGCGCAGCCACAACAUGUUAUGUGGCAUUGAGCAACGAAACCAAAGGAUGGAGUGGAAAGUAUUUUGCAGACUGCAAUGAGACAAAUUGCUCAGAUUUAGCGAAUGAUGAGUCUGCGGCCGAUAAGCUCUGGACCCAUAGUCGUGCAUUAAUCCAUGAUUAUUUGCAUCAGUCUCAAAUACAUCCCCUACCUAAUUUGUGUCUUCUGUAA